AUGAUACCCAGAUCUGCCCUAUCGAGGCAGCUGGCUCGAUCGACAUAUUCCAUUUCAGCCCGUCGCUUUCUUUCAACUACUAGUACGGUACAAAAUGUUCAAGCCCUGGCCCCCGAGAACCCGCCCGCACGUCCGCAUGGAAUCGACCCCCGAUGGCUCACGAUGAUGAAGAGACGGAUUGGGAGAUGUAUGAUGUUUGGGCUCCGACCAGCUCAGAUAGAUGAAGGUGGCCAAAUUCUCCAGCAGUUGGCGAGGGAUUGGCGGGAUUUGCUGGCAGGGAGUGAGGGGUUCUUGACAGAUGAGAAGCGUCGAAGCUUGUUUCGGCACAAUGUGGUGUGGGGAGAACAGUCUGCUCGAGUAAAUUGGGCGCGCAACAUCGGCAUCCACAUCGAUCCCGAGCACAAGAAAGAAUGGCUCAACUUGGUCAACUCAACGGGAAUUGGGAUAAUACUACGAAGUAUCAAAAUCGACUAUAAGUUUCCUAUGAAGUCGCCCGAUAAGAUCACAGUAUACCAAAAGCUUAUCCUUGACACUGCUUCACCCUCGCCGCAAUCCGCCUUCCAGCUACAGGUGAUGAUCUUAUCUGAAGCUCGCCAGCGGCCGGCAGCUCGUUGUUAUGAGGAGAACGUGAUCUAUGACUAUCAAAAGAACAAGAAGACUCAGCUUCCGCCGUUUAUGUUCAAACAAUUUAAGACGAUCUGGGAAUUGCAAGAAAAGGCCAAGUUGGAAUGGCAGCAGCGAAUCUUGGAUAUUGAAAGUCGAAUCCGAACACUUGAGAUUGAGAGUUGGGACCGGGCUGAUGCAGUUGAGGAUACCGGCUCUGCAAAGCAAUAG